AUGGCGCCCACCUUGGCGAUGGUCACCACUGUAUCGGCGCCCGGCAAGGUGCUCCUCGCAGGCGGCUACCUGGUCCUUGACCCCGCGUACACGGGCUUGGUGCUUGCUACGGAUGCACGCUUCUACACAAGCGUCGCGACGCUGCCCCCUCAGGGCAUUCCACGCAUACGCGUGCGCUCGCCGCAGUUCCGGCAAGCCGAGUGGGUGUACGACGUACUCAUCCCACCCUCCAGCGCGGGCAAGGCCCCAGAAGCCGUGGCUGAGGAGAUGCGUCUGGUGCAGAGUAGUGAGUUGAAUCCGUUUGUGGCCCUGUCUCUCCUGUACGCCGUGCAGCUCGCCCUAGAACAGCUCGGCGUCGAUCGCGCAGUCAAGGCACUCGGGGGCGGCCUGGACAUUGUCAUCGCCGGCGACAAUGACUUUUACUCGCACCGCCGCGACGGCCAGGUGCCAACCAUCGCCGCUCUGCGGUCUCUCGCGCCGUUCCACGCGCACAACUGCGUCCUGAGUGACGUGCACAAGACCGGACUUGGGUCAAGUGCAGCCAUGACCACGUCGCUCGUCGGCGCCCUGCUCAUCCACCUUGGCAUCGUAGAUGCGUCGCCCUCGCAUGCCCUUCCACCACGCUCGCUCGCCCUCAUACACAACCUGGCCCAGCUCGCUCACUGCGCGGCCCAGGGCAAGGUGGGCUCCGGCUUUGAUGUCUCGGCGUCCGUGUGGGGCAGCCAGGUGUACCGCCGCUUCGAUCCCGCGCUCCUCCAGGGUCUCAUCCGUGCCGAGCAGGGGCAGCGCAUUGUCACCCAGGGCGCGGCCCCAGCAGCCCCGCGCGAGCCCCGCGCCUUGUCGCCUGUCCUGCAGCCAUCGGAGACGCUAUGGACGCCCGUCGCGCCCGAGGGCGCCACACCCACCGCUGCUGAGGGACUACUUGCUGCGCUACCCUCGGACGGGGUGCCGCGGCCUGCACCACUGAAGCUGCCGCCGGGCGUGCGUAUGUGCCUUGCGGAUGUCGAUGCGGGUUCCAACACUCGCACCAUGGUCGGCCAGGUCAGCCAGUGGCGCGCGCAGCAUCCUGAGUGGGCCCGGCAGCUGUAUGCCGUUCUGGCAGCGGCGAACCAAUCGGUGGUCGACGGACUGCUCCAAUUGCACAUCAUGCAUGCUAUGGACCCCAAGGCCUAUGCGGAGGUACUGUCGCUUCUCGCAGGCACGCCAUCGACACAGUGGGACUCGCUCCGUACGGCUCCGUCGCCUGCGCUCGAGGCAUUUAUUGCGCUACGCAAUGCAAUGCGCUCAGUGCGUGGUGGUAUGCGCGAACUCGGCACACGCUCCGGCGCACCGGUUGAGCCCCCGGAGAUGUCGCGUCUCCUGGAUACGACCAUUGCCGGCGCGCCUGGCCUGCUUGGCGGAGGUGUACCGGGCGCUGGUGGCUACGAUGCACUAUUUCUUCUCUUUCUGUCUCCUGCCAGCCUCACGUCACCUGCGCCCGUCUCGGCGCCUGCCGACGUGUGUGCGCUGUGGCAGCAAUAUACGGAGCUCCGCGUGGGGCCCUUGCUCUGCGGAGCGGACGAUCCCACUAGCGCGGCUGCGCCGAGUCCAUGUGCUAGCGCGGAUGAAGCCAUGCAGCACGUUGCUCAUACGCUCGCACACUCGCGCGGCGGCCUGCAAAUCGUCGCAGCGGACGCGGUCCCUGGUCUCGCGCCCGACAUAGCUCCUUCCCUGACGACGAUGGCAGCGGCGCUCUUGCGCGAGGCACUGCCACAGCUCGACGAGCCGAUCGUUACGUACCUGGAUCGAUACAUCCAGGAUGCCGGCGAGGAUCCUGAAGUUGAUGUCAUGGCGCAAGCAGUGUGUCCGAUCCUGGAGUCGGUCGUGGUGAGCGAUCCACCGAAUUCGGCCGCGCGGCAGGCCCUGCCAGCGCUGCUCCAGCAGCUGCGUGCGCUCGUGGCGGAGCGCCUGCCUACGGAUUCUGACCCGCGGCAAGGCCUCACGCGUCUCGACAAAGUCGUCGAUAUGAGCGCGGCAGGCGCAAGCAGCACCACGGCCUACGACGCCGGCAACGACGGCAUUGACCUGGCCCUCGGCAAGUCGACUCGACACCGCACGACGGUCGAUGUGAAGAAGCUGGAGCGCCAGGAAGCCAAAACGCGUGCUAAGCUGGCCAAGCGUGCGCAGCGCGACCUGUACGAGUCGAGCAAGCUCGUGGAGAACGCAAAGAAAAUGGCCUCGUACGAGGAAAUGUACAUGCAGGUCAACCCGCUCGAGUCCAUCAGCGCUGGUGCCGCGCGCGGCAAGAACAAGGAUAUUUACCUGCCCAACAUCGAUGUGAGCUUUGGCAGCCACCGCAUCCUCACCAACGCCGAACUUACCAUGGCCCAUGGCCGCCGCUAUGGUUUAGUCGGCCGUAAUGGUGUGGGUAAAAGUACGCUCCUGCGCCACAUGGCGCUGCGUGAUGUGCCGAUCCCUACAAACAUGUCGCUAUUGUACGUUGAGCAGGAGAUUGUCGGCGACGAUACGCCCGCCGUCGAGGCCGUACUCAAGGCCGACGUGUGGCGUGAGAAGCUGCUGAGCGAGGAGCACAAACUCCAAGCCGAGCUACAGUCGCUCGAAGACUCAGCCGCUGCCGCUGUAGCGCGCGCAGAUGUCGACAAUGGACUUGCGCAGGGCUCCGCCGUCGACCUUCCCACGCGCCAGCGCGAAAAUCAGCGCGAUGAGCUGCUGUCGCGCCUCGGCGACAUUCAGACCAAGCUGGUCGAGAUGGAGGCUGAGACGGGCCCGAGCCGCGCGGCCACGCUUCUGAAUGGUCUUGGUAUCGUGGGAGCGGACCAGCGAAAGCCGACCAAGGCAUUCAGCGGUGGUUGGCGUAUGCGCCUCGCGCUCGCUCGUGCCCUCUUCUGCCAGCCUGAUCUGCUCAUGCUGGAUGAACCGUCCAACAUGUUAGACCUGAAUGCUAUUGCUUGGCUCGAAGACUACCUGGUGAAUGAGUGGCAGGGUACCCUCCUCGUCGUAUCGCAUGACCGCGCCUUCCUUAAUCAAGUGGCGACCGAUAUUGUACACAUGCACUCGGAGCGCCUCGACUAUUACAAGGGUAACUUUGACCAGUUCUAUGAGACCCGCGACGAGCGUCGGAAGAACCAGCUGCGCGAAUACGAAGCAAACCAGCUGAAGCGCGCGCAGCUCCAGGCGUUUAUUGAUCGAUGGCGAUACAACGCCAAUCGCGCUGCGCAGGCGCAGAGCCGCAUCAAGGAGCUGGAGCGCCUACCUGUGCUCGAGCCGCCAGAGAAGGAGUCGGGCGAGCACUUUACGCUGCCAGAGGCCGAGAAGAUCAGCCCGCCGCUCCUGCAGCUGGACGACGUGACCUUUGGCUACUCCCGGGACAAGAUCCUGCUGCGUCAUAUCAACUUCGAUGUCACAAUGGACAGUCGUAUCGCGCUGAUCGGCAGCAACGGCGCAGGUAAAUCGACCCUGAUCAAGCUGCUGAUCAACCAGGUUGCGCCGCUCUCGGGCGAUGCUAAGCGCAACCCCCGUUUGCGUGUGGGGUACUUUUCGCAACACCACAUCGACCAGCUCGACUUAGCCAUGAGUCCUGUGGCCUUCCUUGCGUCGCGGUUCCCCGGGCGCACUGAACAAGAAUACCGCCAGCACCUCGGCUCCUUUGGCAUCACAGGCACGACUGGUCUCCAGCGAAUUGCUACGCUCAGUGGUGGCCAGAAGAGUCGUGUCGCGUUUGCCCAGCUCAGUCUUAUGAAGCCCCAUGUCCUCCUUCUCGACGAGCCGACCAACCACCUGGAUAUCGAGGCUCUGGAUGCGCUCGUUGAUGCGAUCAACCGCUGGAACGGCGGUGUGAUUGUCGUGAGCCACGACGAGCGCUUCAUCCAAAGCUGCCUCCGCGAAUUGUGGGUGUGCGACAAUGGUACCGUCUACAAGUUUGUCGGCGAUGUAUCGUCCUACAAACGCAUCAUUGUCGAGUCUAAUAAAAAGAAGCUCGAGGAAGCUAUGCGUGCCGAUGCCUAG